AUGGUGUCCCUGGCAGACAUGCGCAAUGGGUUGCGCCAACCAGACGACGACGAUGUGACCCCGGGAGAAGCAUCGGAUGCAUUCGAGGACGCCGCCGAAUCCGUUCGCCAGACCUCCAACACACCGAGCAGGAACAGCAGUAUCAAGAUUGGGAGUGAGCCGGCGGUAGGGCUGGGGAUCAAUGGGCAUGCCGAGGGGGGAACAAGCAAGGUGGAGAACAAAGAGGACCAACCGAAAAUGUCGGCCCGGUUGUCUCGAUGGAUCAGUGACGACCCAGCAAUGUUUGCAGGAGAAGCGAGCCCUCCACUCAACGCGCCGUCGCAUUCGAGGCAGGUGACGGCGGAGAAGGUGCCGUCGACAGCAGAACAGCCCGCGGCAGCACAGCAAGAGCAGAUCGCCCGGCCCAACUCGUGGGAACUGCCCUCGGACCCCGCUGCAGCAUCAGAGGUUUUACACGUCGUUCGAAAUAAAGAAGAGGAGGUGAAUGGCGACGACGACAAUCAGACACCCGUGCUCCCUUCGCACUCACGCCAGAAUACCGCCGAAGCAGCACCCAGCCUCAUAGCCCAGUCAACCCCUCAAGAGGCAUCUCCUGGGCCGUCACACUCGCGACAAGUCACGGCCGAGACCGCCCCUGCACUGGUGGCCAGUACUGGUGGCCAAGAGAGCGAGGACAAGGAACGCCGGUCGAGAUCACCCUCCCGGCAAGUCACAGCGGAGAUGCAGUCCGGGACGGCAGACGGAGGCACGGUGCAGAACGAGGAGGCAGGUGUUUCGUUGUCGAACAUCCGCUCAAGUCUACAGUCACAUUCCCGGCAGGCCACAGCAGAGGACGUGCCAGUUCUGGCACCGCCUGAAAUGGAGUCAGACCGCGAAAGGAGCGUGUCGCCGACGAAGAUGAUGGUCCCAGGGCUAUCAGGCGACGUGUCUCUCCAAUCUCCUCCUCCGCCAUCAUCUUUGGGCCGCAUUCAAGCACUAGAGCAACGCAAUAUUGGCGAGCGUCAAGCUCCUAGCACGUCGCCAACGCCUCCUGGAGGUCUGAUGAGGACGGCAUCUACACGUAUGGGACAGUUCCUGGGACGCAUGGGAAGCAUGAGAAAGCCCGCUCGAUCUCCACCCGCCAGGCAGGAGGGCCGCUUUGGCAUGGACCGGAGGAAUACCGGAGCUUCAAUGGCUUCUAUGAAGAGUAACGCAGGCGAGAGCUUAGCAACGAUUUCUGACACACAUGAAGGUGAUGGCCCGAGACCAAGUCUACAGGACCAGUUCCGAAAUUUGAGGAAGCAAGAAGAGAACGGCUUCUCGGGUAUGAAUGGGCAUGUCGAGAAUGGUGACGACUGGGAUCCAUCGACUGCAAGAAGCGCAAGCGAUGCUGCCAUCAUCGAGACUGUGUCUGGGAACGACACACCGGAAGCCCGGUCACAUCGUGCAUCGUCGUCAACACCCAGCAUAGUGAAAUCGCCACCCAUGAACCCGAGCCUACCGCCAGGCACAGCCUCCGGUUUGACAGCCGGCCCAGCUGAGGAACCUAGGCCUGUGGACUGGGAUCUUUGGCAGGCUGUGGUGUAUGAAGGACCGUCGGCCGUGCAGAGGACCAGCGGCGAAGAUCUGAACCGGGCGAUAUCAUCUGGCAUUCCGUCUCCGAUUCGUGGUGUGGUGUGGCAGGUCAUGGCAGAGAGCAAAAACGCAGAGCUCGAAAAUGUCUACAAGACGUUGAAGUGCAGGGGAUCUGCAGCGGAAUCAGAAUCUCUGGCAGUAGAUGGUUCAAGACCAGAGUCACUUUCCAGGAAACCAUCGCAAGACAACGUGAAUGAAUCGGCGGAGAAGGAAGACUCUGACAAAUCCUCCUCGAGAGCAAGCGUCCACUCAGUACAGUCUACGCCUGCGACUUCGAACCUAGCCAGUCCACCUCUGUCAGUAAAGGGUGACGAACAGGAGUUGAAGCUUAAGCUGUUCGCCGAAAAGCAGAAGCGUGAAGCUGCUGCACUCACGAAGCUGGAGAAGGCUAUUAGGCGAGAUCUCGGCUCGCGGACGUCUUUCAGCAAGUUUACACAAGCUUCUGGUCUUCAAGAUGGGCUGUUUGGAGUAUGCAAGGCGUAUGCGUUAUUCGACGAAGGUGUGGGCUAUGCACAGGGCAUCAACUUCAUUGCCAUGCCACUUCUGUUCAAUAUGACGGAGGAGGAAGCAUUUACGCUCCUUGUGCGGCUGAUGAGCAAGUAUGAUCUGCGGAGCAUGUUCACGGGAGAUAUGGCUGGACUACAUCUGCGACUCUAUCAGUUCGAGCGGCUUCUGGAAGAUCAGGACCCGGCAUUGUACUGUCAUCUGCGGCGGCGAAACGUGUCACCAGAGCUGUACGCCACGCAGUGGUUCCUAACGCUGUUCGCAUAUCGUUUCCCGCUACAGCUCGUUGUUCGGGUGUACGAUCUGCUCUUUAGCGAAGGCCUGACGGCGAUCCUGAAGUUCGGCUUGGUGCUGAUGCAGCACAAUCGGGAUGCGCUGCUACGCAUGAAGGACAUGGCUCAGCUAACGAACUUUCUUAAGGAGAAGGUGUUCGAUGUCUACAUCGACAAAUCGCCCUCGGCGUCGUCUUUGCUGGAUUCGGGCUUCUUCGGCUCCGUGACUGGAGGCGCAGAUAAGGAGCUGUACCGCGCUGACGAGAUGGUGCGAGAUGCAUGCGAGAUCCAGAUCUCAGAGGCGGUGUUGGCGCAAUACACAGCCGAGUGGGAGGAGUCGCAACGGUUGACGCAUGAGCGUGAAGUCGAGCUGGAAACUCUUCGCACGACCAACUCCGCGCUUACCGUCAAGAUCAGAGGCCUCGAAGAGCGGACGCAACUGCAAGACAACGAGCACGUCAACAUCGCCGGCGAUCUCGUUCGCAUCAAGGUCGAAAACGACACGUUGAUGGAUGAGAACGAAGGGAUGAAGAUGAAGGUGGAAGAGCUGCAGAAGAUGGUCGACGCGCAGCCGGCGGAAGUCGAGGCCAGGCUGAAGGAGGAGAUGGAUCGCAUCUUGCAGCGGAACAGCGAGGUGCAGAGCGAGAACAGGGUACUCAAGGAGGAGAUGGAGGAGAUGGAGCAUGAACUUGUGAAUGUGAAGAUGCUCCAUGCGCAGACCCAGUCGGACUACGACGCUUUGAUUCAGAAGUGGUCGAGCAUACAGAGCAUGUUGAGUGACAAGUAG